AUGCGCAGUAGCAGAAACUACUGUUUACUGUGUAUCCAUACGUCUGUUUAUCUUCACACUCACUCGUCUCCCUCUCAACAGGCGGGCACAGCAUUUUUCCCCGGCAGCAGCUUGACGGGGAACGGGCUGCUGGUGAGCGAUGGGGAGGUGUGGAAGAGGCAGCGCCGGCUGUCCAACGCUGCAUUCAGAAAGGCCGCCAUUCAAUCGUAUGCCACGGCCAUGGCGGAGUUGGCUGAUGACAUGGCCAUGGCGGAGCUGGCUGAUGACAUGGUGGGGGGGGGCACGUGGGGGGGUAGCCCAGCCAUGGCGGAGUUGGCUGAUGACAUGGUGGGAGGCACGUGGACGGAUAGCCUAGUAGGACGAGGAGGACGAGGAGGGAGGGAUGGGGUGGUGCAAGGUGGUGUGGUGAGGGACGUGUAUGGGGACUUCAACGAGCUGACCAUGAAAAUCGUGGUGGCGGCGCUGUUUGGCGGGGGCGGGCUGGGGGGAGCAGCGGUGGAGCAGGUGGGACCAGCCAUCUCCACGGCCUUUGACUUCUUUGCCAAGCGUGCCACCAGCAUGCUCAUCAUCCCCGAGUGGUUCCCCACUCCCGACAACCUCCAGUACACGGCAGCAGUGCAGCGCCUGUACGGGUACACGGCAGCAGUGCAGCGCCUGGACGGGGUGGUGUAUCGGCUGAUAGAGGAGAGGAGGAAGGAGAUGGCAGGGUGGGCUGCCACACGGGGGACUGCACAGGGAGGAGGCGAUGAGGGGAAGGACCUGCUCACAAGAUUGCUGCUGGCUCGGGAUGAGGACGGCUCGGGAAUGGACGACCAGUCACUCAGAGACGAGCUCAUGACUCUGCUGGUUGCGGGCCAGGAGACAUCAGCCAUCCUGCUGGCGUGGGUGUGUGUGCAGCUGGCACUGCAUCCGGAGGAGCAGAGGCGGGCAGCAGAGGAGGUGUGGGAGGUGCUGGGAGGGCGGAGCCCCACUCACGCUGACGUUCCCAAGCUCAAUGAUACAGGAGACACUGGAGCUGACGCCACCGGCGUGACGCCACCGGCGUACAUCGUGGGGCGCUGUGUGUGCCGAGACACGCGCCUGGGGGUACUUAAAGGCAGUGAUUCAAGAAACGCUCCGGUCGAUGCCACCGGCGUACAUCGUGGGGAGCUGUGUGUGCCGAGACACGCGCCUGGGGGAGUGGCUCUCGCCCCACCUUACCGCCCUCCCCCCACCAUCACAUCCCACAACCCAUCUGUCUCCCACAAUCGUGACAGGUACCUGGAGGCAGUGAUACAGGAGACGCUGCGGCUGAUGCCGCCUGCAUACAUUGUGGGGCGCUGUGCAUGCCGAGACACGCGCCUGGGGGAGUGGCGCGUGCCCCACCUUACUGCCUUUCCCCCACCAUCCCACCCACUCCUCCUCCCUCAUCAAAGCAGGUACCUGGAGGCAGUGAUACAGGAAACGCUGCGGCUGAUGCCACCGGCGUACAUUGUGGGGCGCUGUGCAUGCCGAGACACGCGCCUGGGGGAGUGGCGCGUGCCCCACGGCACCACGGUGCUUGUCAGCCCGUACCUGCUGCACCGCGACCCCGAGCAGUGGCCCAGCCCGUACCUGCUGCACCGCGACCCACAACAGUGGCCCAGGGGGGCAGGGGCGGGGGGGGGAUGGCGUGUGCCUCAGGGCACCAUGGUGUGUGUGAGGCCAUACCUGCUGCACUGCGACCCACGGCACUGGCCCGGCACUGGCCCGGGUGAGAGGCGGGGAGGGGUGGGGCGUGGGCUGAUCUGCUGUGCACGCGGGAGGGCAGGGAGUGGCGUGUGCCUCAAGGCAUCACAGUGCUUGUGA